AUGGAGUCCGAGAACAAGUAUUUGCCUGAGCUGAUGGCGGAGAAGGACAGCCUGGACCCGUCAUUUACACACGCCAUGAGCUUGCUCUCUAACGAGAUUGAAAGACUGAAGAAGGGAGGUGAUGUGAAAGGAAAGGAAGAAGGAGACACUUACCUAGACUUGUUCUCCCAUAAGAACAUGAAACUGAAGGAGCGUGUUUUGAUUCCAGUAAAACUGUAUCCUAAGUUUAAUUUUGUUGGAAAGAUCCUGGGACCACAAGGAAACACAAUCAAGAGGCUGCAAGAGGAGACUGGAGCAAAAAUUUCGGUGCUGGGCAAAGGAUCAAUGAGGGACAAGGCAAAGGAAGAAGAACUCCGGAAAGGAGGAGAUCCAAAAUAUAGUCACUUGAACAUGGAUCUGCAUGUUUUCAUUGAGGUUUUUGGCCCACCUUGUGAGGCAUAUACUCGAAUGGCACAUGCCAUGGAGGAGGUCAAGAAGUUCUUGGUUCCAGAUAUGAUGGAUGAUAUUUGUCAAGAACAGUUUUUGGAGUUGUCCUAUUUGAAUGGAGCCCCUCCAGAACAAGCUCGUGGUGGUGGGAGAGGAGGUCCUUCCCGUGGCAGAGGUGGUCCACCCCCUUCUGCUACAGCUCCACCAGCAAGAGGUAGAGCUGGUCCUCUGCGCUCUCUUGUUCCUAGGGGAGCUCCUGGGCGUGGAGCUAUAACACGUGGUGCCAGUGUAACCCGAAGUGUGGCUCCCACACCUACAAGCAGGGGUGCGCCUUCUGGAAGAGCUCGUGCUGGAUCUAUUCAGAGAAUUACUUUGCCACCUCCCGCCCCAGAACCCUAUGAUGACUAUGGUUAUGAAGACACCUAUGGAGAACAAAGCUAUGAAGGUUAUGAGGGUUAUUACAACCAAAGCCAGGGAGAGACCGAGUAUUAUGAUUAUGCACAUGGUGAGAGCCUAGAAUCAUAUGACAGCUACGGGCAAGACAACUGGAAUGGAUCUCGGCCAUCUCUGAAGGUUCCUUCUGCUGCUAAAGGCAGUAGCUACAGAGAUCAUCCAUACAGACGCUUCUAA